CCCUGCGCCGCUGUGUAGUGUGCGAACGGGUUCACGCAAUGUCGAAUGAAUACAGACUGAGAUGUGAUGCUUACGCAGCCUUCGAUCAACCUUUUAUCCUGUCAAGGGUAGCCGAAAUUAGCAGACGCUCUGAAGUACGAGCCGCGAUUGCGAUACAGAGUCAUUGGCGUGCAUUCAUCGUUCGUAGGAAUGUCGGAAAGUUGGUGAGCGCAUGCUGUGUGAUGCAGAGUGGAUUUCGAGGACACCGCGGGCGAAAGAGGGCGCGUAAGCUCGAAGCACGGGUACGACAAAAUAUUUCGCUCCUCUGUUUAGCCAGAAGCGUUAUCACAAGCUUGCCUUAA